AUGGCGGCGCCGGGAGCUGGUGACCCUGUGGACGAUGCUAAGAGUGGAAAGGCCCCAUUCGCUCAGCGCGUUGACCCGACUCGAGAGAAACUGACUCCAGCGCAACUGCAAUUCAUGCGGCAGGUGCAAAUGGCCCAGUGGCAGAAGAUGCUGCCACAGCGCCGAACCCGGAACAUCGUGACCCUAGGCAUCGGGGCCCUGGUAUUAGCUAUUUAUGGUUAUACCUUCUACUCGGUGUCCCAGGAGCAUUUCCUAGAUGAGCUAGAAGAUGAGGCCAAAGCCGCCCGAGCCCGAGCUCUGGCAAGGGCAUCAGGACCCUCAUCUGGAUGAGCAUUGCACAACGCCACCCUGCAGGAGCUUCGUAUAGUGGUUGAUGCCCCACACCCCUGUAGAAAUUAAAGCCUGCUCAGAGCAUCGUUCCUUCAUACUAACCUUGGAUGAUGAUUGAGCCAGAGAAGCCAGGGACUUAUGCAUUUGGCCCCUGUCAAGGGAACAUUGCCCACUUCAUACUUUGACAGUCACUGAUCUCUUCUUGUAGUUUGUUUCCUUGGUUUUUCUUAGUUUCUGACUUUGUAGUUUACCACUGUCACCUUCCAGGGUCACAAAUGUUAUGGGGAUAGGUGUACCAACUCUACAGUGUUGGAGCCUGAAGUGGGAAAGGUGGGGUCAAGUUGAGAAUAAUAAACUGAGUCAUCUCUC